ACUGAAAUUUUUUAGUGAUAAGCCGCAGUUGUUGUUUGGCCGGCGAAGAGUACGUGGUGCUUGAAUCCGGUGGGGAGCGAGCACGAUUAAUCAAUUGAUCCGUGAAGGUUCUAUUUUAGUAAUGAGUGUCAGCAAGGAAGAAGCGAUGGAGAAGAAAACCGAUACUUCUGGAAUUUUGAGCAUUAUUUUUAGCGCCGUGAAGAAGGCCUCCGUUGUCGGGAUUGUGUACUUGGCGGGGUACAUGCAAUGGUCUGUGGCGUGGUUCAUAGGACCCAUCGUGCUCUUCGUAAUCAGGGACCAGUGGAAGAAGGCCAGCGAUAGAAAAAGAACUAUUGCGAAAGCUGCAGCUUUGGCCAGUGAGAAAGACGUUGUUCUUGCAAGGCUAGGUGAUCUACCAGCUUGGGUAUUUUUCCCCGACAUCGAGCGCGCAGAGUGGCUUAAUCGAAUAAUCAAACAAGUAUGGCCGAACGUCAACCACUACGCGCGAGAUUUAAUAAGAGACUCGAUCCAACCCAACCUCAGAGAAGCACUAGAAGCUUAUAAACUAACAGGGUUCAAAUUCGAAAGAAUCGUUUUAGGCACCGUGCCUUUCCGCAUCGGAGGCGUCAAAGUCUACGACAAGAACAUCGCCCGCAAUGAAAUCGUCAUGGACUUGGACAUCUUCUACGCCGGCGACUGCGACAUCACUUUUUAUUUGGCCGGGAUCAAGGGCGGCAUCCGCGAUUUUCAGCUGCACGGGAUGCUCCGCGUGGUGAUGAAGCCUCUCAUCACCACCAUCCCGUUGGUGGGUGGUCUGCAGGUGUUCUUCCUCAACAACCCCGAUAUAGACUUCGAUUUGAUCGGCAUCGCUGAUUUGUUAGACAUGCCCGGGUUAAGCGACAUCUUGCGGCGGAUCGUCGUGGAAACUGUGGCUUCGAUGAUGGUGCUCCCCAACAAGUUCCCCAUCAAGCUGAGCGACGAAGUCGAAGCUAUUGAAUUGAAGGCACCAGAGCCUGAGGGUGUGCUGCGUGUCCACGUGGUGGAGGCCAAGCACUUGAUGAAAAAGGACAUCGGGAUGUUGGGUAAAGGUAAAUCUGACCCUUAUGCAGUCAUCACUUUAGGUGCGCAGGAGUUUAAGACUAAGGUGAUCGACAACAGCGUCGAUCCGAAGUGGGAUUACUGGUGCGAGGCGCAGAUUAGCUCGAGCGAGUCACAGUUAUUAACCGUGAAUGUGUGGGAUUGGGAUCCUGGGUUGCUCGGUGCCGAAAACCACGACUACCUGGGAAGGGCGACCGUUGAGGUUUCUAACAUCGUCAAGAAGGGUCAAGACGACAUGUGGAUUACCCUUGAACAAGCCAAACACGGAAUGGUACACUUGCGUCUAACGUGGCUCACUCUGAGCGACGACUACUCCGAUCUGAAAGCCGCUCUAGAAGAAACCCAACAGUUGAGGAUCACCACCAUGAGCACCGCACUCUUGACCAUCUUCAUCGACUCGGCCAAGAGCCUACCACAGGCAAGAGCAAGCACAAAACCCGACCCUUACGCAGUCUUGAAAGUCGGCAACACCACCCAGGAGACCAACGUCUUGAUGAGGACCAUCCACCCCGUGUGGGAACAAGGGUUCACCUUCCUGGUAGCCAACCCGGAAUCGGACACCCUCUACUUGACAAUCAUCGACAAGAAAACCACCAACGACCUCGGCCAAAUCACCUUCAACAUCAGCAAACUGUCCAAAAAAACCCGAAUGGAAAUCCACAAGGAGCCAUUUUCGUUACUAAAGUCUGGACCAGAAAGCAAAAUCAUCUGGUCAAUGCACUUGAGGGUUUUAAAACACGCGGAACCGGCGACCGACGUCGACGAGGAGGACACCGCCUUGCAACGAAGCGACUCUAAAGUUUCCACCGGGUCUACGGUGCAGGAAGUCCCUCAAACCCCCGACGUCAAACCGGAGCCGAUAAUCGAACCCAAAGAAACCCUCGACGAUUUGCCGCCGAACUUCGACGAAGCCACCAAAGUGGUAACUGGGCAGUUGGCAGCCACUCCCAGCAGCGAAGGCAGCGACUUGGUCCACAGGAGCCCCAGCAUCACUUCGUCCACCGGAAUCCACCAACUCGGUCGCAUCCAGCUCACCAUACGUUACAGCAUCCAGAGGCAGCGCUUGAUCGUGGUCGUCCACAAGGUGGCUAACAUACCACAGAAGGAUCAGUCCGAUAUUCCCGACCCCUACGUCAAGCUGUAUUUGCUUCCCGAGCGAGCUAAAGAUACCAAGAGGAAGACGCAAGUGAUUAAGGAUAACUGUGACCCGGUGUUCGACGAGACGUUCGAGUACGUGUUGUCGCAGGGAGAAUUGCAUACUAAACAGUUGGAGGUGACGGUGGCGUCACAGAAGCAGCUAUUUUAUGGCUCGGGCAACGUCUUGGGGAUGGUUAUUAUCGACUGCGAGAAGUUGAACGUGAACCAGCCGUACACUGCGUGGUUCGAUUUGUGUCCCGAGUCGGAGUACGAGCGCUGAAAGUUUUAUAUUUAUGGGGUUUUGCUCUAAGUGUUUAAGUACUUAAGCCUAACUACAGAUGUACUUUAUGUUUUUAUCUUUUUCUAUGUUGUUAUAUUGUAUUUAUGCGAAUAUACGAAUAAAGUGAGCCAAAGCA